GGGGCGGAUAUGACGUUUUAUUUUGAAGCUGUUUUUGACGCAGCUCUGAGCUAAUAUGUCAGGGGCAUCGAUCAAUGUGCUGUCACGUCCGUGAGACACUGCGGCUUCAAUAACAUGAGAACAAACGCUUCCAACUUGCCAUGGAUCCGUUCUUCGACGACAGCCCCCCGCAGCUGGUUGCCCUCGAACGCAGUGGGCACACGGCGGUGGUGGAGGGGAACCUGCUGUACGUGUGGGGGGGCUACAUGUCAGUUGAUGAUAAUGAAGUCUUCCUACCCAACCAUGAACUCUGGGUAUAUGACCUGGAACAAGGUGACUGGCAAAAGUUCCACAUGACCGGUGAGGUGCCACCCUCCAUGUCGGGAUCCUGUGGCUGUUACCUGAAUGGUCACAUGUACAUAUUUGGAGGUUGUCACGACAACGGGCAGUACGAUCAGAUCUAUCGUGUCAACCUGACAGACGGUAAAUACAAUUGGAUGCACAUCAGACACAACAGUGGCUGUGCUCCAUCAUCACGAGACAAACUCUCCUGCUGGGUUCAUAAAGGAAGAAUAAUCUAUUUUGGAGGAUAUGGUUUCAAAAGUCUGGAAAAGGUCCACAGAGGAGACAGAAGCUUCACUGUAGAUGCUUUAUCAGAAAACAUCUUGUGGGGAUGGAACAGUGAGAUCCACAUAUUUGACCCCAGACAGUCCAGUUGGACUCAAGCGAAAACACGCGGACAAUCUCCCGCCCCUAGAGCGGCCCAUGCAAGUGUCAUGCUGGGGAAUCGGGGCUACAUCUGUGGUGGCAGAGUUAAGGAAAUGAGAUUAAGUGACAUUCACUGCUUGGACCUUGACUCAUGGAUGUGGUCAGAAAUAGUGCCAGUGUCGACUGUUCCAGCGGGAAGGUCCUGGCAUUCGCUCACGGCCGUGUCUGAUAGCACCAUGUUUCUUUUUGGCGGUCUCAGCGUGGACGGCAAGCCGCUGAGUGACGGCUGGCUGUUUGACGUGGAGACCAAGACAUGGAGAGAGGUGGAGCACCCUUUUAAGGACAAGCCAAGGUUGUGGCACUCUGCGUGUGUCGGCAAGGAUUCUGAUAUUAUUGUCUUUGGAGGCAGCUGUGAUUACAUCCUCCUUGUUGACACGGGUCACUGCAAUGACGCUCUGGUCUUCCAGAUGGCGCCACACCCACUGUUUAGAAUUUGCAAGGACUACAUCGCAAAGAACGUGAGUUCGUGUGAAGCUCUCCGACAACAGCUGCCUCUUCUUCCUACCAAACUGCGGGCGGCGGUGGACAGGAGAACAUUGUUCUACAGGCCUUCAAGGGAAGUCAGUCACACUCACACUCAACUCCUUUAAAUAUCAACAACAAAGCAUUUUAUUAGCAUUUAUAUUAAUUUUUGAAAUACAUUCAUUUUAAUGUUUAACGUCAAAUGUUGGUUAUGUUAUGUUUUAAAAAAUAUGUUGUAAAAAGGUGAAAGGAAUUUUCCUCUCAUAUUAUGGUGCAAUUGUAAACAAAAAAAAUAUGUUCUUGUCAUUAUGAUUAAAUGGCACAAAAAAUGUUUUAUUCUAUCUUUCUAUUCGAAAAACACACAGCACACGUUUGUUGUGGGAAGUCACCAGUCGUUCAGCGGACCUAAGGCACAGAGGAGUGUUAAGGCCACACAGAAAAGAGUAAAAUAUCAUUAGAAUACUGCCAGACCCAAAAUUAAAUAAGAGACCGUCACCUGUUGUGAGAAAAACAGAAUUAUUUAAUCAGAAGUCUUUUUUCUCACUUUCUGGCAAGAUAUUUUUUUCAUAAUAGAACAUCCAUCCAUCCAUUUUAUACUGCUUCUCCCUCUCUUCAAUGUUUUUUCCGAUUGCUCUUAUUAAGGCUACAUAUUAUAAAUAUGUAAUGUGCAAGUUUACGGUAUAACUUUUUUCUCAUUACCACUUUAUUCCUGCAAUUCUUGCCUGUAAUUCUAUUUUUUGUCUAUAAAUAUUAUUACUACUAUUUAACACCGUUUAUAUUUUGUUACAAAUGUUCUUUUUCAAAAUAUUAUCUUGGAUGUUACCUUUUUUUUUUUUUUACGAAGCCUACAAUUUUUACAUGUCUUUGUUUGAUAAUGUUUUUUGUCAACACUCAAGAUGCGUUCCAUUUGUACUGGGAAGUCGGAAAUUCCGAGUUCUGAGUCGGAUUUCUGACCACCCCGAGGUGGUUUCAAAUUUGUAGGUAUGUGUGUAUUCGGCCCCGGCUGGCCCGUCGCAGUGGUCACUUGGUGCGUUUCACGCUUUAAUGCGCCAUCGUGAAUAGCGACAGGACCGCUGUUUUCAGAGUUCAACUGCUUGUGUGUUGUUUUCGUCACUACUAUACACCUAUACUCAUGACGUAGAACACAAAUCCAUGUUUAUUCAAAACAUAAUUUUUUGUUUUGGACAAGUAGUCGCGCCACAAAGCACGUUUACCCUCGACAAAACUCCCCUGCAAAAAAAUCUAGUGAGUAAAAACUUCCUUAAAACUUUUUUUAAGUAUAAAUUAUACAUGUAUCUGUGAGUCUGCCAAAUGUGUUUUCAAUUAAUAGAUUUGCACACUGAUUUUUUUAGACCCGCCACCUUUCUUUUCCUGGUCGCUGUGAUAUGACUUACAUCACAAGUGAAGUUGGACCAAUCUUGUUUUCCGUCACUUCCUACAAUAAUUUAAUGAAUUUGAUCAAUAAAAAAUACACCAUAACUGUGAAA